GAGUAAAAACUAGUUCGGCGCUCAGGUAUUGGUGAGUUUAUUUGUGAUCCUUGAAUGUGUGGUAGGUACUGAUAAGCAUGUUUCGUUAUCAUAAAAAUACACCGCAAUGGUUAAAGAUAGACUCAAUGAACUGAAACAGCAGAAGAGUGAGAAAAAUGAAAAAAAUAAAAACACAACAAUAGAAAUAGAAAACAAUUCCACCCAAAAUGACACCGAAGACAAGAAUAAAAAAUUGCGACAAACUUUCGAACGUGCAGGAGUCAUAGUGCAAUGGAUUGAACAAAUUGAAAAUAAUAAUCAGGAUAUCAGGGUUUAUUUAAGACGACUUGAGGACAUAAAAAACAACCAGAAAGAUGUAGACGAGAAAUUGAAUUCAUUUUUCCAAAACAAUAAAAGUGUAGCGCAACAACUGACAUCUAAAUUGAGAGAGGUGGACAAGGAGUUGAGUGAAAUCAAAUCAGAAUCAGCGGAGAACAAAAUAAAAACCAUACAAUACAACACUUCGAAAAAACGCUUCGAGAAAGCUUUUCUCGACAAUAAUCAACUUUUAGAGAAUUACAAAUCGAUCCAAAAGGCGAUAAUUAAAUCGCAAUUGCAGGCCAGGGGUUACUUCCAAGUGACGGAUGAGGAAGUGGCGCUGCUUCUCGAGGAAGGCACCGAUAUUCAAGUUUUUACCGAAAAUAUUUUAGCAGAAACAGCUGAAGCGAAGCGAAUUUUAGCCGACGUUGAGGAGAGACACCAAAAGUUAUUACAAAUUGAGCGCAUGUUGACUGAAGUGAGGGAUUUGUUUAUUCAAAUGUCCAUCUUGAUUGAUAGUCAACAAGAAUUGGUUGACAGGAUUGAGUAUCAAGCGCAAUCGGCCACCGAUUAUAUAGGGGCUGUUGAUUUAGCUGCUGUGAGGAGGUCCAAGAGGAAGUAUAUGAAGAGAAAAAUUUGGGUUUUAUUGGCAAUUACUGUUGUGGUGCUCAUUCUUUUGGUCAUUUUGUUGAGGUAAGAAAAAUUUUCAUUAUGUGACAAUUCAAAAAUGUAAAAUACAAAGUGAUUUGAAAA